AUGUAUCAGGGACGCACUGAGACUUUCACUGUGCUCUCAAUAAGUGCGGACACGCUUACAUCGACUGUGCAUGCUGAACUCGUAAUUGAAGGAAAGGUAUCUGUGAAUGUCUUUGAAAUCCAUGAAGGCCUUAUAGUGAGCGAGCGUGAAUAUCUAGGUGCGGGCUACUACGGUACGCGACAGUUGACAGAGGUCACAGCGGAUGGGGAUAUCUGA